CGCUGUGGGCGCCCCGAGGUGCCCCCCCGCCCCCGCCCCCGGGGCUGCGGCGGCCCGGCUGGCCCCGGGACUGGCACCCCUGCGGAGCCCCGUGUUUGUUUAGGGCUGGCCGAGCCCAAUCAGGGCCGGCUGCCUGCAGUUUUCCGGCAGGGCUGCGAGAGGCGCCUCCUCUCUCCUUUUUAUACAUGAGCCGCCGGCCGCCGCCGCCGGAGUCGCCGCCGCCGCUCGCCCCCGCCGCACUGGAUUUACCGCCCGCCGCGGCCCCGCGCCCCGGCCCCAUGCGGGGCACCGGCAUCAGCGGCUAGAAGGGGACCUGGAUGGCCGUGGCUGAAGGCGGCUGGUGCGCGGUGAAGCGGUGCGCUGCGGACGCCGGCGGUUCCUCCUGUCCCUUCGCCACCAGGGAGCCGCGCCCGUCUCCUCCUUCGCCGUCCUCCUCCUCCGGCUCCCAGGGCGAACGCGGAUCCUCCAAGACUCCUCGGCCGGAGACCGACGGCAGCCACCGGCCGCCCCCCGCCGCCGAGGGCAGGUCGCUGCUCGCCCCCUACGUGCACUUCGGGACCCCGCACCCCUCCGGCCGCGCCGGCUGGGAGGACAUCCUGCUCUUCGCGGACUUAGACCAAACCAACAAGCUGAUCUGGUCCAGCCGCGGCCCCAAGCUGAGCGCCCUCGGCGCCGAGCAGCCCGAGGAGAUGUACCAGACCCUCGCCAUCUCGGCCGCCCAGGGCCCCACGCCCUACGACGGAUCUCCGGGCGGCUUCAUGCACUCCACGCCCAGCUCGCCCGUCUAUGUGCCCACGACCCGCGUGGGCUCCAUGCUGCCCACGCUGCCCUACCUGCAGGGCAGCGGCGCGGCCCAGCCCAGCCACCCGGGCGGCGGCCACGCCGUCUGGUCCCAGCCGGCCGCGGAAAGCCCCUCGUACAGCAGCGGCGGCGGCUCCCACCCCUCGGGCCGCUUCCCCUACUCGCCGAGCCCGCCGGUGGCCAACGGGGCCUCCCGGGAGCCCGGCGCCUACAGCAACAGCCUGGGCGCCAGGGAGCAGUACAGCCCCCUGGCCCGGCCGCUCAAUGGCUCCUACCCGGGCCCCUACACGUCCUACGUGGGGCCGCAGCUCGCCCCUGCCUGGCCCACGGCGCCCUUCGAGAACUCCAUGCUGCACUGCCUGCAGGGCCGGGCCGCCCCCAUCCCCGUCCGGGCACCCAGCGCAGAGCUGCUGGAGGACCUGUCCGAGAGCCGGGAGUGCGUCAACUGCGGCUCCAUCCAGACCCCGCUGUGGAGGAGGGACGGCACCGGCAACUACCUGUGCAACGCCUGCGGGCUCUACACCAAAAUGAACGGCCUCAGCCGGCCCCUCAUCAAGCCCCAAAAGAGAGUGCCCUCGUCGCGGCGGAUGGGCUUGUCCUGUGCCAACUGCCACACCACGACCACCACCCUGUGGCGCAGGAACGCCGAGGGCGAGCCCGUCUGCAACGCCUGCGGCCUCUACAUGAAGCUCCAUGGGGUUCCUCGGCCUCUUGCUAUGAAAAAAGAAGGAAUUCAGACGAGGAAGCGAAAACCUAAGAAUAUAAAUAAAUCAAAAGCAUGCUCCGGUAACAGUACUACUGCAGUUCCUAUGACUCCGACAUCCACGUCUUCUACCAACUCAGAUGACUGUAGCAAAACCGCUUCUCCCGGCGCACAGACUGCAGCCUCCGGGGCGAGCUCGUCGGUGAUGUCUGGCCCAGGAGAGAGCACCAGUCCCGAAAGCAGCAACCUUAAAUAUUCAGGUCAAGACGGGCUGUACACAGGAGUCAGCCUGAGCUCCACGGCCGAAGUGACAGCAUCCGUGAGACAGGAUCCCUGGUGUGCCCUGGCUCUGGCGUGACCUGCUGGGAGGGAAGCUGGAUCCUGGCAGCCCCCAGACGUCUGCGCGCGGUUUCCUCUGCGGAGCGGUCGCGGCAGCGGCAGUGACAGUGCUGGCAAAGACCAUUCCUCUGAAACAGUUUUUGAGCCUUGGUGGCAGAGGUGUUUUUCUACUUCUGAAAGAGGCUUUGCCAAAGCAUCCAGUUCCUCAUCUAUGCAAGAAAAUGUAGGGAAAGCAAAUCCCACCGGGGAUAGCUAAUGCAGCCUUACACUCUCAAAAAACCUUUCAAAACCCCCCUCAAAAAAAACCUCAAAAAAAAAGAAAAAAAAGGAAAAGAAAAAACAACAACAAAAAAGAAGAGAUAAACCCACACCUAUUGAUAGAUUCCAGAAAUACAUCCUCAACUUACCCAGCAGCGCUGCCUUUCUGAUUAUAUAGUUGUUUUCACUCUCUCAUCGCCUUUUCCCCUAAGAAUUUGGUGGAAGUGUCUGGGAGGGAGUAGCAAAGACUUUAAUUACCAGAGAUAGUGAGAUACUUUUUAAUGAGUGUCAGAAGUGCUUACAGCUUGAGCUGACGCAGACUUCUUGCACCGAAGAUUUGAUGUCUUCGCCCCGUCAGACCUCUCCUUCCGUGGUCUCCAUCUUCAGCGUGCCUUGCUCUGCUCUUCAGAGCCCAGCUAUGUCCCUGGAAGAAAUCACAACGUUUGGUACAAGUCCCACAAGGUCCAGUUGGUUAAGGAGAUUUUGGGAUUGGUGUUUUUUGGUUUAAAAUAUUUACUCACUUUUCAAGACUGCGAUAUAACUUUUAAAGUACACUGUGACUGAGAUUGAUGAAAGUCCAUAUUUCCUGGCUGAACUGUGUAGAGUCAGUCAAAAUUUGUAAACAGGGUAGCAAUCAGAUAUUUUUCUUCCAUAUAUACAAUAAUUUUUUUAAAGAAGUGCAAUUUGCGUUGCAGCAAUCAGUGUUAAAUCAUUUGCAUAAGAUUUAACAACGGUUUUUAUACGAAUGAAUGAAUGUAAACAUUUUAACUUAAUGGUACGUAAAUAAUUUAAAAGAAAAAACUUAACUAGGCAUCCUUAGGCUUUUUAGCACAACAAAAAUGCAUCCACUUUCUGUAUUUCCAGUUGUUAAAGCAAGAGUUUCAAAGAACAAGCCUUCUCUCAGGAAAAUUGCCCUAGCCAUUUGCUCCAAAGUGUUGUACAAAAAUGCAAAUGCAUGCCCAAGGAGUUUUUUUGCCAUUGAGUAAGUGUGGUGGAAAGAAACAAAUUGCAAUGAAACUUUACUACCUAACUGAUAAUAUGUAAAUACUACAGAAGAUAUCUAGGCAUCUUGAAAAUGUAGGAUGCAAUCUGUAUAGUGUGACUGAUGCAUAGUUAGGUUGGUUUUCAUUGGUUUUUAAGUGGGACAUCAUUUGGAAAGUUGUUUCAUCAGAGCUUUACAAAUAAAAGGGUAUCAUUUUAGGAUA